AUACUUGAUUAUACUGCAAAUUUAUUUUUAUUAACUGAAAUUGUUAGAGGAAUGUGGUUAGUUCUUGAGCAAUUUUUUAGACCUCCUUAUACUAUUUAUUAUCCUUAUGAAAAAGGUCCAUUAAGUCCUCGAUUUAGGGGCGAACAUGCAUUAAGAAGAUAUCCCACAGGCGAAGAAAGAUGCAUAGCUUGUAAACUUUGUGAGGUUGUUUGUCCCGCGCUGGCAAUUACUAUUGAGGCUGAAGCUAGAGAUGAUGGAAGUCGUCGUACAACGCGUUAUGACAUUGAUAUGACAAAGUGCAUUUACUGUGGGUUUUGUCAGGAAGCAUGUCCUGUUGAUGCAAUUGUAGAAGGUCCUAAUUUUGAAUUUUCUACAGAGACACGUGAAGAAUUAUUAUAUAAUAAAGAAAAGUUACUGGCAAACGGUGAUAAAUGGGAACCUGAAAUUGCUAAAAACUUAGAAGCCAAUCAAUAUUACGUGUGA